GAGUGCAAGGCUGCAAAACAGUCAGGUGGUAGACCGAUUGAUCCCCAGAUCGUCUUUGUACACUGCUCUUCAUCAAUCAACCAUACGUGGCUGCAUAUCUGUGCAUCGUUGAUCCAAACUUGGCUUUUGACUUGAUUUGGAAUGUUUCGUCUGUUUGCGCCCGACCUAAAGAGCAGGGACCAGCAGGGACAUCGAAAGUCAGCAGUCUUGUUGAGGUCGGCCGGUUCCCAAACGUAGCGUGCCUCUGUCCGGGCCAGAACGGGAUCCGGGAGCCAACCAGUUUUCGUUCUGAGGGGUUUUGCUGUUGGAUAUGCUUGUCAAGCAGAAUGGAGGAUCUGCAGAUAGACGAGAAUUUUGUGGCUCAGCAGAAUGCUCUUCUUUCUGAGUAUUCAGACAUCCUGAAGAACUGCCAGGUGGCCGCCAAGCAUCUCGAGCAUCACAUUAGAGAUUGUGCUCGCCUGGAGGAAGCCCACAGCAGAGAACAACAGAAGAUCGUUCGUCCUCUCAAGUCCACCAGUGGGUAUGCGACUGAGCUGUUUGACGCAUACGUAACAUGCAACAGUGAUCUUGGGUUCAGAACGGCUAGCCUGUAUAACAAACUUCUCGACAUUGCUUCUGGUAUUGGAGAGUACUCGAGCAAGCUGAAGGAUGUCUUGAAACCCGUUAAGGAUGAGAUAAUCCCUUCUGCUAGUGAAUCCCUAGCUGUUGUCGACUCAGAAAUGGGUCAUGUUGAGAAGGUUCGGGCAAGUCUGGCGGAGGCUGACCAACAGCAUCAGCGUGCCACUGAGGCUUUGCACCGGUGCCGAGAAAAGGACAAGUCAGACAAGUAUGAAGCUAAGCUGAAGAAGGCGCUGGUCGCCCUAGAAGCUAACAAUGCAGACCUGGCUCGUUCCAGCGCAAAGUACUGGGAUGCGUAUAAUGUGUACAUGGAGCGACACACCUAUCUUGCAGUGAAAGUCACCGAGAUCGAGGCAUACGCAGCUGAGAAUCUAACAAUGUUCAUCUCAACGUACUGCAACAUCCGCUGUUCCAUCUACCAUGAACAGGCAGCUUUUCACUUCACCUGUGAUGAGCGUGUGCAGACCAUCACGGCCAAUGCGAUGGAGCGGGCGAGGCGCUAUUGUAGAACACAACCUGACAAUUUUGCUGAAUCCCAAGAAUCGGAAGAUGCUGUGUCGACAACCAUUGCCACGAAUGAGAUCAGCCCUUCUGCAAGUUUAGGCGCGGCCACCGUUGCGACUAGCGCUUCCGACUGUGACCGCCACUACAUGGUCGACUCGGCACCUUCCGAUGCCGACCUGUCACUGACGAAAACAAGCGUUGUCGAUGCUAUGGCAAGGAUGUCAUCUACUGUAUCCCUGGAAGAGGAUGCCAAUGUGCCAGAGAGGUCAACGCGCACUCGGCGACGGCGAAGCAAACUACCUUCGUUGGACAGGACCGCUCACUACAAGACGUCGUCCGGCGGCAAUGCAGCCGACCAGGAGAACGGCGAGGGCGGCGGUGGUGGUGGAAGUUGGACGUCUAGCGGCACAUUUCGCCACAAAGGCCGAUCGACAGUACGCCGGAAACUGAAGAAGAUGAAUAACCUUCUGCGGCCGGCAAACAAGACCACGCGGAAGACGGCUGCCAAUGCAGUUGAUCUCAAGGAGGGAGCAGAGCAGGAGGAUAGCAACAUCCAGGUGGAUAGCGAAGGAUAUUCCAUCCAGCCCGACCGUCAAGAAGUGAUCAGUGGCGAUGUCGCAUUCUCUUCCAGUUCUGACGACGAAUCCGACAAGGAAGCAACGCCGGAAAUCUUGAAAGGCCUGAAAGGAAUCGUUAUAAAGCCAAAUAGUCAGCGAUCUGCACCCACCGAAUCCGAGAAUGCCAAUUCCACCUUGUUUGAGGCAGCCACAGCUCUUACACUCGUCAAGAAGCGUUGCUCCAGUAUUGGAUCAGCAUCUGACGUCAGCGACGUUGUUGUUACCGCUACAUCCAACCAAACGGUGAACACGAACUGCCUUGGUACGACACGACCCAGACGUGCCUCUGUUGCCUCAGAUAUUGUCCGUACAACAGACUUUGCAAGUGGCAGUGGCAGUUGGCGGGAUAGUGACUCACUGGAGAAGAGUCCACAACAAGCGGAGACGUUUCAGCAACAGCACCGGGCAGGCCUGCAGAUCGUAGACACUGACCAGCAUUCGCUCGGAGAGAACUAUGGUUCGUCGGAUAGAUUACAUGGUGAGCUAUCACGCAAGGGCGUAUUGUCUCCGACAAACAGCAGCGUUUCCCUGAAAGCUGCCUUUGCCGGCGACCUCUCGCGCUCGUUCUCUCCCUUUGUCUCUCGGCGUGACACCGGCCUUGCUUAUGCAAUGUCAAGUGGCGGUACUAGUAGCGUCGCAGCGAACACUGAUAAUAGGCAUCCAGCGCGAUGCACCGGUGAUACAACAACUGGCUUAGUCACAAGAAGUCUGGAGCAGGGGAUGGUGAUGGUUGAGAACCAGAAACAGCUGAGUUCUGCUUGGUCUAGUCAAGUGAACAGCUUCACUUCGAACAACUCGUCUAUAUUGUCACCAAAACCGGUCGGUAAUGCAUGGUCGUCGAGUUCAACGCCGGUUGUCCCUCAGCUUUCCUCCACAUCGCCGUGGGGCGAUUCUAAAGCGGACAUCGGUGACAACAAUGACACCUGUGAGGAAUCAGAGGGUCCUCUCCGCUGCAGCUUCUCCGCUAUGUCAUUCUCGCAGACCAUUGCCAGUAUAGAAGCCAGCAACACUCCCAUCGCCUUGCAGACCUGCUUGUCCGAUGACGCCAGGUCAUCCCACAGUGACUCCUCGAUGAGUCCUGUUCCUGGUAUCGGCGCAGAGAUGCAUGGCACCGGUGGCCGGCGGGAUUCGUACGACAUUGCUCCGACAACGACAGCUGCAGCAGGAGCCUCUCCGAAACAAGAAGAGUCUGGACUGAAGUUGCCGGUGUCCGGGUUUUUUGCUGCCGAGGAAUCUAAUGACAUGAUGACUAUGGAAGCAUUCUUAGAGGAGCUAGGCAAGGAGAAGACGGAAGCGGGUAAAUGCCCAUCGUCCCCAUUGAAAAGCCUAACUGCUAAGAUAAGCGAGUCGUUCUCACCGAUCACUCGUGCCGCUAGUGCCGUGGUGCAGUCGUCGCGGUCACGCAGCGCACACAGAUCUCUGUCCUCGGACUCUUUCAAGGGCCAAGUCCCGUCCUCGCCAAACAGCAUGUCCAACGUGCCAAGUUUUGUAACCGAAGGCUCCAUUGCUACAAGCGAAACAUCCAUUGCUACAAGCGAAACUUCCAUUGCUACGAACGGAACCUCCAUUGCUGGGGAUGAUGCACCGGUGCCAAUCAAUCCGAUGCCCUUCAAUCUGGUGCCAAUUAGUCCAGUGCCCAUCAAUCCAGUGCCCACCCAUCCAGUGUCUGCCCACCCGGUGCCCUUCAAUCCAGUGCCCUUCAAUCCAGUGCCCAUCAAUCCAGUGCCCAACCAUCCGGUGUCCACCCAUCCAAUGCCCUUCAAUCCAGUGCCCAUCAAUCCAGUGCCCAACCAUCCGGUGUCCACCCAUCCAGUGCCCACCCAUCCAGUAUCCAUCAAUCCAAUGCCAUGCCGUACACGAUCCCUUGGUUGCGGUACAGUUUCCGAUAGUCCUGCUGCACAAAACGAGCUGACAUCCCUGGCAAGCCCAACGCGGGAGGAGGCGGAUUGGCCCGAGCAUGAGCGGAGGGACUCAACUGCCACUCAAACAGACCAUGUCGAGGGACUUGAUUCUGUAUCGUGUGCACAAGAUGAUCUAGACGACCAGGACGCUUUCCUUUCCGACGUGUCAACGCAGAUGCCAACAGAAAACCAAGCAAGUCCACUAAGUGAGCCCUCCUCUCCGGAUUUAGCUUCAGCAACUACAGGGGAAGCAGUAGCAAGGUACAGUGCAUCACAUGCCCCUGUUAGAGUAGCAAGGUACAGUGCAUCACCUGCCCCUGUUAGAGUAGCAAGGUACAGUGCAUCACCUGCCCCUGUUAGAGUAGCAAGGUACAGUGCAUCACAUGCCCCUGUUAGAUCGAACACAGUAAUGACCGAGUGUUCUGUGGAAUCUUUGACAUCUCUCAACCAAGUUCAUCUUGCCACUGAUGAGCUUGAUGUUGUAAGCAAGGAGACGCCUAGUAGUACAGAGAAUGAGGAGAUACCUAAAAGUACACUGAACGAGGACAUACCUAGAAGUACGCAGAACGAGGAGAUAGCUAGAAGUACACCGAAUGAGUCUUCUGAGCUGGCAUGGGUGACUGCUCGUGUUGGUGAGAGCCAACUUGCUGCUAUUGAAGGAGGGGUGCCGCCGUCCAGUGCUGAGAAUGGUCGCCUAGAACAGGAAUCGGCCAGCAAUGCGUCACCUGAGCUUGCCUCUAUGGUGAACGCAGCACCCUGCGGGACUGAGAGUCGGGAUGCUGUUCGUGCAGAGGACGCACCCUGUCAUGGUGAGAGUGAAGUCGCUGCUACUUGCGUUGCUAGAAGUUCAGAAAAGAAGCCCUGCAAAGAGUGCAGCACGACCAGGCCCCUGACCGUGUGGCCGGAAGUCUCCAUGGGCGCUUCGCAUUCCAAUACCCGCGUUAAUAGUGUGGCAUCAGCCUCAACAGCUACCAGGCGGCCCGAAAGGAUCGUGCUGGUCAACAAUCCCAGUACACCACAGUCUGCACCACCAGCAGAUGUUUCCCAGAACGCGAGUGUGCCGGAAGCAACUGCGUCUGUACCAUGCCAGCCUGCCGGUGCUUGCGUAGGUGCUGAAGCGAGCAGCGAGCACUGGGGUCGCAUGGUUCCUUCUCCGGUGAGCACUCCGGAUCACACAACGGGAACGGCACUUAGCAGGCAGUCAAGCUUAACGCCGUGUGAUGACCAACACGUCGUUGAACCGUUCUGCGUUAAUGUGCCGGUGCUGGCUAUUGUCGAGACCAUCAGCUCUAUCUACACGCCCAGCAUGUCUGACAUUAUAUCUGAACUCGACGGUGCCGUAUCGAUUGACAUUCCACAGGACCUGCUGUUGUGUGCUGCUGACACCAUCAUGCUAAGCAAGUUCAAGCUGGCCGGAUGCCGCAGCGUUUCCAAUCUCAUCUUCAACUCGCUGUUCAGCAAACGAACAUCUGGGGACGAGCUUCAGGUCAACUUGAGGAAGAUAGUCAGCAAGAUAGCCAGAGAAGAGUUGGAAGACACGGCAGUGUCAGAACUGGGACGAGUUGUUAAGCUUGCCUACUAUAACAUCAAUUUGCGGAAUGCUGAUGUCAUGCCAAUGCGCAUCACUGGUACGUUCACUCCGACUAAAGAGGGCAACGUGUUUAUUGAUGUUCGUUACGGACUCAACCCGCAGUCCAAGGUGUACCGGGAUGUCACCGAGCUCAAGAUAGCACUGAUCGUUCCACCCGGGUUUGCUGUUAUUGAUGCGUCGGCCAAUGCCCUUCGGGAUGAAAGCACAGUUAGGUGGAGCAUUGAAACUAUCAAAGCUCGACGGAACAGUGACGUGGGGCAGAUGAAGCCGAUCACGCUGAUGUGCCAUGCAACAAUGCCGGAAGGCAGUGGCGCCAGUGCCAUGCAGGGCGUAGCGGACGACCUGAAGUGGAUGAUCAAAUUCCACUACUACACAGAGGGCACACUCCUGUCGAAACUCACCGGCGAGGUGUUUGACGGAAUACCCGACCACGCGCUGUCUGUCAAGAAGCGGGUCAUCGUACGAGGUGAAGUGCCAGUGAAGCUGGACGACACCGUAAUGAAUUUGAACUGCGGGUAAAUUGCCAGACUAAUGGAAUGGGGUUGUGUACAGUGUACAGUGUACAGUGUAGCCGAGGUCUGAAGCCGGUACUGACUUUAGGAUACCACACAUCUAGAAAGAACUACUAGUACGUGUAAAGUCCACAGCUAGGUAUCACUCUAAUUUAUAAUGGUGACUGACCGGGUAACUUGGAAAAUGGAUUCCAGUAACUCUUCAUCUAAGGCGCUUGGUGAAAGCACUCAAGGAACUCAUGCGAAAUGACGGCGACGUAAUCCUAUUUCAUGAGGUGACUUCCUCUGUUUUUAUUAGCUGCCGUGGAACAGCAUCGAUACGCUUCAGUUCAUUGGCAACAGCCUGAUCUAGCUGUCUCGCUUGUGCCUCGUUUCCUGGCAAUGCAUUUUACACUAUCAUUUCUUUCCUCCACCACCACCACAGUUUUAUCCUUCACAAGUGUCAUGUGGUACAGCAUUUCUUUUUUUAACAAUAGGAUUGUCGCAACAGAACUUUGCCUUUUUAAAGCUUUUAGAUCGCUUCACUUUGCAUCGGCUUUCACUGCUCCGUAUUGGCAGUAUUGACGAUUUUCUACUCUAGCCCUUUCGCCAUCGGCUUUUUACUGAUUUUACUGCCAGCUGCAUGGGCUGCAUGCAGUGAUGCUGCGCCUGCGCUUUACUCUUCUUUUCACCUUUGCAGUUGCUCACUGCUUCCUGGACCUGCGCACGUGCUGCACCUGCCACUCUUGCCCGCACUUGAUAUUAUGACCUCAGUUAUUCAAUACGCACCUGCAACACCGUUUAUAUGACUUAUAUCAUACACUUUAACUCCAGCACCCAGCGGGAAUUCCCCCCCCCCCCC